AUGUUUGGCCAGCUGCAAGGAGCACAAAAACUGCAACAAGUAACCCAGUUACUCCAGUCCCUCGAGAAAGACCUACAAGAGAAGACGCUUUCGUCGGCGCAAAAGGCCCAAAUCCUUCUUCAACUGCGACAACAUGGCACGAGCCCCGUCAACGCCGAACCGAUCUACUCUAAGAAUGGCAUCGGACUCUUAGUACGGUACGGUAUUGAUGGAGAGACAGCCGAUGUACGACGAGCAGCUUUGCGGUGUGUCGCCAAUGCUCUUCUGCUGGAUUCGAAGAUGCGUCAAGUCUUUGUGGACACAGGCUAUGGUGGAAAACUGGCCCAGAGACUUAAGGCCGAUAGCUCGGAGGAUGAAAUGGUCACAAGUCGAAUUCUGUUCCUAUCGACGUAUGACACGACAGAGAAUUUCGACGCGCUGAUCAAAAACCACUCCCUGGGCGAAAAUGUCAACUACCAAUUAAGCCGACACGCGAAACAAUUCCCUAAGUCGGGGAGAAAGCCAUUGGAGCAAAUCGAUGAAUUGGCCUUGAUAGAUACCCUUAAGUUGAUCUUCAACAUCUCUAAGCUCUACCCCGACCUCGCCGUUACUUUUUCGCCCUCCAUACCCCACAUCCUCAAAAUCAUCAGCCGCAUCGAUAUUCCAGCAAAGCCUCUGGAGGGACUGCUUAGCUAUCUGAUCAACUGUCUGUCUACUCUCGAUUUGGAGGAGAAGAAAGGCAAACACUUCGAGAGCAACCCCUUGUUCCCCACAUUCAACCAGAACUGCAACGUGGAUAAGCUGAUCAACAUAUUGGACCAAGCGGUAUCUGCAUAUAGCCCCGAGGAGCUCGAGACGAAAGCUGUCCCGCUACUACAUUCGCUGAUUGUCUUGCAUGAGGCUGCACCUGAGGGGCCUCGCAAGUACAUGCAAUGGCUUAUCUUGCCCGAGGACAAUGACCGGAGCACACCCAUUGGACAAUCUGAUACGCUCUCCUCACGACUUCUCAAACUCUCCACCAGCCCCUAUCCGAAUCUCAAAACCGGUAUCUCUGAGCUCAUGUUUGUCCUGUCCGGCAAGAAUGCAGAGAACCUCACAAAGAAAAUUGGAUACGGUUUUGCAGCCGGUUUCCUGGCAUCUCGCGGCAUGGAAAUUCCUCAGUCGGCUGGCGAGGCCUUUGCGACCAACUCCAGCUCCAAUGGCCUCGACCCUGAGAUAAACCCCGUUACUGGGCAACGGUGGGCUGCGGAGCCCAAGGAUCCGGAACCACCCAUGACAAUCGAGGAGAAAGAAAGAGAGGCAGAGAGACUCUUCGUGCUUUUCGAAAGGGCGAAAGCAAACGGUCUCAUCAGCGUGGAGAAUCCAGUCACCCAGGCUCUCCACGAGGGAAGACUCGAAGAACUUCCUGAUGAUGUUGACAGUGAUUGA